AUGCCGCUCUUUCCAGGUGGGCUGACUUCCGUUCAAGUGCGCAUCUGUGUCUGCGGCGACGAGGGCACCGGCAAGUCCAGCCUGAUCGCCUCGCUCGUCAAGGAUGUCUUUGUCGCCAACAAGAUCCAGUCCGUCCUCCCUCAGAUCACGAUCCCACCCAGCAUCGGCACCCCGGAGAAUGUCACCACCACCAUCGUCGACACCUCGGCCCGACCCCAGGACCGGACAACUCUGCGCAAGGAGAUCCGAAAGUCCAACGUCAUCCUCCUCGUCUACUCCGACCAUUACAGCUAUGAACGCGUCGCUCUCUUCUGGAUGCCAUACUUCCGUUCCCUCGGUGUUAAUGUCCCCGUGGUGCUGUGUGCGAACAAGUCAGACCUGACCGGGGAUGGAAACACCGCGCAGGUCGUCGAGGAGGAGAUGCUGCCGGUCAUGGCAGAGUUCAGGGAGAUCGAUUCGUGUAUCCGCACAAGCGCGAGGGAACACAGGAAUGUCAAUGAGGUUUUCUUCCUGUGCCAGAAGGCCGUUACGCACCCGAUCGCCCCGCUCUUUGACUACAAAGAAGGGAACUUGAAGCCGGCUUGUGUAGCCGCUCUGAAAAGAAUAUUCUAUCUCUGCGACAAGGACCAGGACGGCUAUCUUAACGACCAAGAGAUGCACGAAUUCCAGGCCAAAUCUUUCGACAAGCCUCUUUCAGCAGAUGAUCUGGAAAAUAUCAAGUUGACUAUAAGCAGGAGCACACCGGAGGCGAAUACGGAGAAGGGUGUAGACCUUGCCGGAUUUUUACAACUCAACAAGAUCUAUGCCGAAAAGGGCCGUCACGAAACGAUUUGGAUCAUUUUGCGCAAGUACCAUUAUGAUGACAGCGUUAGCUUGGAGGACGGGUUCUUGCAUCCCAAGUUUGACGUGCCCGAGUAUGCAUCUGCAGAACUCAGCCCUGCAGGUUACCGGUUCUUCGUCGAUUUGUUUCUGCUCUUUGAUAAAGACAACGAUGGCGGUUUAAACGAUCAGGAGCUUGCUGCCCUGUUUGCUCCCACACCUGGUCUUCCCACAUCUUGGAAGGAGAACUCUUUCCCCUCGUCAACCGUACGCAACGAAGGAGGACAUAUCACCCUCCAGGGCUGGCUCGCACAAUGGAGUAUGACCACUUUCAUGGAGCCUAAGACGACCCUUGAAUACCUAGCAUACCUUGGUUUCGAGUCCUUGAGCCCUAAACAGGGCACUACUACAGCACUGAAGAUAACCAAGGCACGCAAACGGCGGCGGAGACCAGGCAGGGUGGAACGCAAUGUGGUGCUUUGCUACGUCCUAGGAGCAGGUGGCGCGGGCAAGUCCUCGCUACUAGAUGCAUUUCUCAACAGGCCUUUCGACUCUCUGCAUCAUCCCACAAUCCAACCGCGGAGGGCCGUCAACAGUGUCGAACUGCAUGGUGGAAAGCAAUGCUACCUUAUUCUAGAGGAGCUGGGAGAACUCGAGCCGGCCAUUCUGGAGAACCAGGCUAAACUGGACGCCUGCGACUUGAUAUGCUAUACGUACGACUCGUCUGACCCAGACUCAUUCUCUCACAUCGUGGAUUUGCGGAAACGCUUUCCCCAGCUGGACGAGUUACCAGCCAUUUAUACAGCGCUCAAGGCGGACAAAGACAAAACAACUCAGCGCAGCGAGCUGCAGCCGGAUGUCUAUACUUCUGGCUUGAUGAUGAGCACUCCGCUGCACGUCAGUGUGACAUGGAACAGCAUCAGUGAACUCUUUGUCGCCCUGGCUGAGGCGGCGACGAACCCCAGCACGGCCUUCCCGAAGAGCGAGGAGCCACCGCCCGAUAGGACGAGCCUGUACGUUGCGCUUGGAGCGGUGGCAUGCGCGGGCGUUGCAGCGUUGAUUAUUUGGCGCCGGUCGACGAAUUCGGCAUGA